GGAAUGGAAUUUUAUGGUUUAGAAGUUUUGAGAUUCUUUUAUAGCUAUUAUCAUUGACCUGUAAACCAUUUUUCUCCUUUGGUUUUUUUAUCAAGUGAAUUUUAAAUUAGAUAUAGUGACGGCUAAAGGAAGUCCAACAGUGGCUUUCACAGCUCCAGAAGAGGAGGAGAGGUUAGGGAUCCAAAUAAAAUACUACAUACAAGCUAAGGUUAAUACUCCAAAGGUUUCAAUCUGUCAUCAAUUGUAUAUCCAUAAUGGAGUGGUUAUGCGAGUGGCUCUGUUUUUUGAUGAUAUUAUUAUUAUUAUAUGGUAACUCAAGGGCUGUGGGGGCUCUUUCGGCAUCGGAGACUGAGUUAUUGACUCGGGACCUACUUGAAUCGGCGAGAGAGCCCGAGUUCUUCAGUUGGUUGAAAAGGGUUCGGAGAAAAAUACACGAGUACCCAGAACUGGGUUUCGAGGAGCACAGGACAAGUCAACUUAUCAGAUCAGAGCUCGACUCGCUUGGAAUUCAGUAUUCAUGGCCUGUGGCAGUUACUGGGGUGGUCGCUUCAAUUGGGUCAGGGAUGAAACCUAGCUUCUCUCUUCGAGCGGACAUGGACGCCCUCCCUAUUCAGGAAAUGGUGGAGUGGGAGCACAAGAGCAAGAUCAAUGGUAAAAUGCAUGCGUGCGGCCAUGAUGCUCAUGUAACUAUGCUUCUAGGAGCUGCUAAGUUACUUCAGCACAAAAGGGAUGAUUUUAAGGGCACUGUGAAGCUUGUCUUCCAACCUGGGGAAGAGGGCUAUGCUGGCGCUUACCAUAUGUUAAAAGAAGGUGCUCUUGAUACACAGCAAGCUAUUUUUGGGCUCCAUGUUUGGCCAGAAUUGCCCACUGGUACAGUGGGGUCAAGACCUGGUCCACUGCUUGCUGGCUCAGGCAGGUUUCUAGCCAUAAUUCAAGGAAUAGGUGAACAUGCAGCAGAACCCCAUGAAACUAGAGACCCGGUUCUUGCUACAUCCUUGGCAAUCCUUGCACUACAACAGAUUGUUUCACGAGAGACAGAUCCUCUUGAGGCCAAGGUGGUCACAGUCAGUUUUAUUGAUGGUGGUCAAACAGGAAAUGUAAUUCCAGUGUCUGUUAGGUUUGGAGGCAGUUAUCGGAGUAUGACAUCUGAAGGACUACCCAACCUUCGACAAAGGAUAAAAGAGGUCAUAGAGACACAGGCAACUGUGUGUAGGUGUACUGCUCUGGUAGACUUUAUGGAGGGAAAGGUGAGACCUUAUCCAGCUACUGUUAAUGAUAAAGCAAUGUAUGAACAUGCAAAGAGUAUUGGAGAAGUCUUACUUGGGACAACGAAUGUGCACAAUGUUCCAAUGACUAUGGCAGCUGAGGAUUUCAGUUUCUAUUCACAAAAGAUGGCAGCUGCAUUUUUCUUGAUUGGGAUAAAGAAUGAAACCCUAAAAUCAGAUAAACGGCUACACUCGCCACAUUUUGUCAUUGAUGAGGAGGUUCUUCCCAUUGGAGCAGCUUUCCAUGCUGCAGUUGCCAUCUCUUACUUGGAAGACCAUUACGUCGAGACUCUUCAAUAACUGUUAGUAUCCCGCUGGACAUUGGUCUAAAGCAUGGAAGAGAAAUUUAUUUGAGGAUGGUUAUAGAUUUCUUAUUCACUAAACAAUGACCCAAGUUUAAUCUGAAAUAUUCGAUCAUAGCCCCUAUAUAUUAAUAAUUUAGAGUGUCAUCCUCCUUUCCAUGUUAAGUGUUGGACAUGUCCAUUCAAGAGGCUAGCGAUUAUCUAACGGAAUCAUGUUAGUCAGUAAUUGUAGUGUGGAUUGGGUUGCCCAUUAUCAGUGACAGAGACACAGAUACGGAGCAUCGGCAUCUCAACAACCAUGAUAAAAAUGUGAUGCACGGCCGAAUGAAUUAUAUAUAUUGUUGGAUUGUGAUUAUGAUGCACAUUAAAGUGGUGGCUUGUCUUUUUAAAUCUAUAUAUGCUUCCAUAUCCGCCAAUUCGGCAAGAGAUUUAGUGGUUAGCUCUCUGUGACCAGGGAAUAUUAUUGGUUUCAACCUCCCAUAUUCAACGCACAGUCACUGUGUAGGUUAAUGAGAACCAUUUCAAUUUUCAAUCAUAUUUGUUGUUUGUGUGA